CACGCCACAGUAUGGUGUAAGAUGUCGUGGUGGUGCACGUGGCAAAAUUUUCAAUACAAAAACCCAAAGGCAAUUAUUAGAUUUUAAUUUCCCAAGAUAGGUUGUCUUACACUUAAUAUUACACUACAACUACGUACAUACUACUACUACUAAACUAUUAUUAAGUGCCAAUCAAGAGAGAGCAAUUGCAAUCCAGCCGGUGUUCUUAUAUCACGGCACGGACCUACCUCCAGCCGACCUUAGGCUUAAGCAAGACCGUCCAUUACGAACCAACUAGGCCUAGGCCCCUAGCCAUAUUAUAGGUGCCUAGCUGGGUAACUUAGAUUGAACAACUAGUAAAAUCAAUUGACAGUACGCUCCUUUCGACAAUGGAUGGAUUACAAAUAAGUAAAGGCAUCAAGAGAUCACAACCAGAUAAUCAGGGAUGUGCAUCUAAAAAGUCCCGAAAGAAGACCGGAUCCGUCAAAUUACUUCCCAGGCGGAUUGAACGAUUAUUAAGGUGGAAAGAAAAGCAUAAAAAUGAGAAUAAUGAUAAUAUUAAGAACUGCCUAAAUCAGAGUGUAAACAAAGAAUUACUGCAUAAUUCAAAAAUGGUAGAAGAUGGACAAACGGAUAAAACUGAAGAACUGCUUACGCAGCCAUCUACGAGUAAUACUCAAGUUACAGAAAAGUGCAAUGGUAAUCGAGAAAGUAUUGUAGCAUUGGAUUGUGAAAUGGUUGGUACCGGCAGCAAAGGCCGAGUGGAUGCACUAGCCCGAUGCAGUAUAGUUGACUUUCACGGUAAUAUUAUCUACGAUAAGUAUGUAAAGCCGCAGAAUCUCGUCACGGAUUAUCGUACAAAAUGGAGCGGCAUCCGUGAGGAAAAUCUUAAGGAUGCUGUCUGCUUCAACCAAGCUCAGACGGAAGUGCAAGAGAUUCUCAGAAACAAGAUCGUUGUCGGUCAUAGCCUACACCAUGAUUUUGCUGCGCUGAAGUUAAACCAUCCUAAGCACUCGCUUCGAGACACAGCAGAAUAUAAACUUAUGAAGGAAUUAACAAAUAUAGGUGAAAGUUCAUGGACGCCUUCAUUGCGGUACCUCGUAAGGUGUUUGCUAGGCAGGGAUAUUCAAGUUGGAGAACACUGUUCUGUCGAUGAUGCAAGAUCUGCACUGGACCUGUAUAAGCUUGUAGAAAAUCAGUGGGAAGAGAAUGUUAUACGAGAGAAGAGAGACUUUGAUGGCAAGUUAGUAUCCUACAUGGACGAUGAAUUUUGGCCGCCUGAAAUUUUCCAUUAAACAUGAAGGCGUUCAUUUAUUUUAUUUUUUUAGAUGUAUCAAAAUACUGUGGAAUGCUUCUGCUAUUAAAAUUGUAUUGAUCAAUCUAA